UAGAAAUGUGAUCACUAUUGUACAUGAUAACCACACAUGAAGGGCUGUCAUGGAAGAUGGAGCAAGCUUGUAUUUUAGGAGCUCCAGACAGUAGGAUCCAAAACAACGAAGUUGCAAGAAGGGAGAUUUUGACUGAACGGAGAAACUUUACAAUCCCGGAAGCUUUGUUAAAGGAAAGAGAUAAACAAGCAAAGUGGAAUGGCAUUCCUUUGCUUCUACAAAAGCUUUAUGAGAACAGUCAUCCCAACAGUGAUUUUUCUCAGUGCCAAAGCAUAUUAAAGGAAAUUUCCCCCCUCCUUUCAAUGGAAGCCAUGGCAUUUGUGACAGAAGAAAGGAAGCCUGCCCAGGAAUCUACUUUUCCAAAUACAUACACAUUUGAUUUAUUUGGAGGAGUUGAUCUUCUAGUAGAAAUACUUAUGAGACCAACUCUUAUUACACAGAAGAAGAACCAAAAAAUAAGUGAUGACCUUAUCAAGGAUUGUUUAAGUAUAUUGUACAACACUUGCAUAUGUACUGAAGGAGUCACCAAGCGAUUGGCGGAAAGAAAUGAUUUUGUGUUGUUUUUAUUUACAUUGAUGACAAACAAGAAGACAUUUCUACAAACAGCCACACUUAUUGAAGACAUCCUAGGCAUGAAAAAGGAAAUGAUUCAAUUAGAAGAUAUCCCAAAUCUCUCCAGUCUAGUUUCUAGCUUUGACCAGCAGCAGCUUGCAAACUUCUGCAGGAUUCUCGCAGUUACGAUUUCAGAGCUUGACACAGGCAGUGAUGAUAAACAUACACUUCUUGCAAAAAAUGCUCAGCAGAAAAAAAAUUUGGGCCCUUCUCGAGCAGAAAUUAAUCAAGCUACCCUUCUCAACAUACCAGGCUUCAUUGAGAGGUUAUGUAAACUAGCAACCAGAAAAGUAUCAGAAACAACUGGAACAUCAAGUUUUCUUCAGGAGUUGGAAGAGUGGUACACCUGGCUAGAUAAUGCGCUUGUACUUGAUGCACUAAUGCGUGUGGCAGAUGAGGAGACAGAGCAAAGCAGCACAGAAUCUUCAGAUGAGAGUGGAUUUGCCAACACCUCAAUAAGAAACCAGCUUCCACAAUCUAUGAAAAUAAUGCAUGAGAUCAUGUAUAAGUUGGAGGUUUUGUAUGUUCUCUGUGUGCUUUUAAUGGGAAGACAAAGGAAUCAGGUUCACAAAAUGAUUGCAGAAUUCAGAUUGAUCCCUGGCCUUAAUAAUUUGUUUGAUAAAUUGAUCUGGCGGAAACAUUCUGCUUCACCUCUUGUUCUACAUGGACAUAACCAGAACUGUGACUGUAGCCCGGAUAUUACCUUGAAAAUCCAGUUUUUGAGACUGCUUCAGAGUUUUAGUGAUCAUCAUGAGAACAAGUAUUUGCUUUUGAACAGCCAAGAACUUAAUGAACUGAGUGCAAUCUCCCUCAAAGCGAACAUUCCUGAGGUGGAAGCAGUUGUCAACACAGACAGAAGUUUAGUCUGUGAUGGGAAAAGAGGCUUGCUAACGAGAUUACUUCAGGUAAUGAAGAAGGAGCCAGCAGAAUCAUCAUUCAGGUUUUGGCAAGCAAGGGCAGUUGAAAGUUUCUUACGAGGUGCUACUUCCUAUGCAGAUCAGAUGUUCCUGCUAAAGAGAGGGCUCCUAGAGCAUAUUCUCUACUGCAUUGUUGACAGUGAGUGCAAGUCACGUGAUGUGCUUCAGAGUUACUUUGAUCUUUUAGGAGAACUCAUGAAAUUCAACAUAGAUGCUUUUAAGAGGUUCAAUAAAUACAUCAAUACAGAUGAAAAGUUUCAGAUUUUUUUAAAUCAGAUCAACAGUUCACUGGUUGAUUCCAACAUGCUCGUUCGUUGUAUUACUUUGUCUCUGGAUCGAUUUGAAAGCCAGUCAGAUAUUAAAGUUGCAGAAGUCUUGUCGGACUGCCGUCUGCUAUCAUACAUGUCUCAGAUGUCUGUGAGGAUGUCCUUCCUUUUCCGACUCAUUAAUAUUAUUCAUGUACAGACACUCACACAGGAAAAUGUAAGUUGUCUGAACACAAGUCUAGUUAUAUUAAUGCUGGCCCGAAGGAAAGACAAGCUUCCGUUCUAUUUGCAUACACUUCAGGAAAUGGAGUACACAAAGAAAUACCCUGGCUUCAUCCUGAAUAAUUUCCACAGUCUUCUGCGUUUCUGGCAACAACAUUACCUCAAUAAGGAUAAGGACAGCACCUGCUUAGAAAAUAGUUCAUGUAUUAGUUUCUCCUACUGGAAAGAGACUGUAUCUAUACUACUUAGUCCAGACCGGACAUCACCUUGUGCCAUAAUCAGCUACAUUGAUGAAGCAUACAUGGACAUUGACAGAGAGUUCACUGAGGAGUAAUCAUUCAAGUACUGUCUUCCAGCAGACUGUGCUUCAGAGGGAAUCCUGCAGAUGAGGGAUUUUCAGGGAUAUGCUUUGUGCACAAGCUUGGAACUAUGGAAUGUCAUCACGCUAAAAAAUUCUCCUUACCCUCAACCCUUCCUUCCAGCUCUCUUUUGAAGAGCAAGACUUUGUAAACUUCCUGGGCAACAUAUUCAGGGACACUUUUUUUCUUUAAGCAAGUGCUGGUUUAAAAAAAAAAGCCCAGAUUUUCCUGCUCAUUGUGGCUAGAACUUCUAAGCUUCAUAGAUUGAAUUCUUCAGAUGUGCAGUGGUUAGCUGUGGCUUUUCCUCCUUCUUACCAGACUUAGAUACUAAAAGUGAAGACAAUUUCCUGGGUCAUUCCAAUAAGCCAGUUUGAUGGGCAUACCAAAUGUGCACCAACCACACAUAAGCCAUUUUAAAGAUUUCCACUCACCCAUCCCAUUCUUUUUCCUUUGCAUUAGGAAUUAAAGUUGAUAGUAUGUGGAUUUCAUUUCUAAAUGGUAGCGUCAGCAUCUGCAAACUACUUUGGAAUUGUUUCCCACAAAACUAUCCAAACGUCCUCUGUUUAUUUUAUUGUGAAAUUACAUAGAGAAAUAUCCAUUCUGUGGAAAUACUUUUGUCUCCACGUGAUAUGAAAGCAUUGACUGAAACAGACACACAAUGUAGUGAUUGGUUGGAUCUGAAAUCCUAGCAUUAAUAAGUUUAAAUUUCUUGAGUUUUUUCUGAAAUUGGCAGCCUGACUGUUUUGUCAGCAAAUAACCAAUAUAAGUUGAAUUCUGCUUUGGUUCAAUGUAAAACCGUCUCUUGAACAGAAGUUAUACUAAUCCAAAGCUUGGAAACUUAGAGUCAGUGGCUAAAAAGACUAAAUUAAUACAGUACCUUUUAUUCUGAUGUGGGGAUUUUUGUUGGUUGUUCUUCAAGCAUAAUAGUUACUAGAAUCAUUUACUCUUCUCCAUUUGAUACCUGUACCAAAUGCUGCAUACUACAUUUUAAUCUGAGAUGAGGCACUCAGCAAAACAUGAGCUUACGUUAUAGCUGCCAUCAUUUAAAGAAGUCAUUUGGAAUAUAGCUCAGAUCUGAAGUCAGAAGCUAUCUGAAAUGAAUGCUUAAUUGCAAUACUAUGCUAAAGCACUUUUAAAGGGUUUAUGAAGCAUUAGCAGUCCUUUUAUUUCCCUCAGAUUUGAAUGGUUUUAUUUUCCAUUAAUGUGCAUAUGUAUGGUUCUGAAACAUUUUGUCUACAGAAUACAUCCCUGAAAAACUUUGUGUUAGAAUGUUUAGUACAUGGUGGUGUUUGUAUUCUGAAAUGGCUUUACUUCUAAAAGAAAAAAAAAUACCUAUCAAAAUCAGCCUUCAUCUACACAUGCAGCUUCCAGGCAUCUACUUGAAAGUAACAACAGCCAAUAAUAAAAUGAGGUCGACCUGAUAUUUCUUCCCAUUUUUGUCCCAUACAGCACCUUAUUUUAGGAAACAAUGUUGAAAUAACACCUUUACCACAGCUGUUUGGGCACAGAUUAUAUUAUUGAAGUGCUUGCUUGACAAAAACCUGAAGGCUACCACCUGCAGGAUAAAAAGUAUAAUAUAACUCUUGGCUAUGCAGGCCUGAUUGCUCUUUGGUUUAGAGAAAGAGGCUAACUGGUUGUGAAUCUGUUGGUUGAACUAAUCAGCACUUUAUGAAGACUAAACCCAUCUGUCUAUUGUGGACUGUCAAAAAGGAAAAUGAAAGGCUGAAAGGAAAUCAUGUGCCUGCUGUAUCAAAGCAAACAUCCAUGGGGUUGAAGGGGAUGGGGAGAAUCCCAACAGCAUGUUUACAUUUUUCUUCUCAGAGACUGUUUCACUGCACUGCCUUUGCCACACCCACAUGCUCUACUAGUGGAUGUGAUGCAGGCAUCAAAAUGUUGGAAUGUUGUUUAAUAUGUGCAACUCUUCUGUUGUGCCGAUUCUGUAACUUAUACCAGCCAUAUGCUUCAAAAUAAGUGCUGUGUAUUAAAAAAAAAGCCUGAAAUGAAUCUGGAUGCCUUUCAUUAGUGUUAAUUAGUUGACCCAAACAGCAUUUCCACAGUUCUGCAAAAAUUGCAUAGUAAAGCCUACUUUUAUCACUA